AGAUUGUCGGGAUGCGAUGAAAAAAAAAAGUUACGAUAAUAAAAUUAAAGAGCAUCGGAAGUUCCUGAAUUUGCUACCGGGAUCUGAGAGCUUUCCCAACAUGAUGAGAUACGUUCUCCAAAGGACACUGACGCAGUCGGAAGUUGCAGUUACACAGAAAAAAAAAUCAUGUAUCGAGAUUUGUCAAAAUGAUCACAAUUUGGAAAGAUUUAUUUCCAGUUCAGAUAAUUUUAACAGUCGGACCAUAGCAUUCCGGUUCGUGGAGACCGCAUGCGCCCAUCGUGCUGCGGCGUCCCUGUGGACGGUGGGAGAUCGACGCAGGGAGGCAUACGUGGCCCUGGGGAAGACGUGGUCCAGGGCAAGGGACAAGGUAUCGGCGCCAUCAUAUCCCCCCACCGGAAUUUACCCAAAAUCCACCUGCAAAAUUGCCUCUCCGUCAAGCGAUCCCUCCUCCCGGUCGGCACUGCUCGUGAUCAUCCUCCAGGAAUGCAGUGUGUAUAUAUAUCUGCUCACCAAUCUUCCAUGCUUUCAACUCAAUCAACCGCACCUCGCCUACUCUACUCAUCUCGCCGAUCCCUUCGUUCGUCGAUCGGUGCACUCGGCUGAUCCGCCAUGGAUUCCAACGGCCGCGUGUUCGAGGACUUCGUGCCUCCGCAUAGCAUGGUCCGGGAGCCGGCGACGCACACGCUCACCGUCGACCUCACCGCCGCAGGGUACAAGAAGGAGCACAUCCGGGUGCAGAUGGUGCACAGCCACCGGCGCCUGCUCGUGCGCGGGGAGCGCCCCGUCGCCGGCAACCGCUGGAGCCGCUUCCGCCUCGAGCUCCGCGUCCCCGACGGCUGCAACGCCAAGGCCAUCCACGCCAGGUUCGAGAACGGCGUCGUCCGCGUCACCAUGCCCGGCAUCGCGCCGGAGCCCGUCCAGGUCGAGACCGGCGCCGCCGGCCAUCAGCAGGACCCGUCCCCGCAGGCGAAGACGGCGGCCGCUCCCAGCGCCGCCCAAGACCAGAAAGACGCCGCCGCGCAGCAGCAAGACGGUGAUCGUGCCGCGCGAGCGGGAGGAGUAGAGGACGAGGGGGGGAAGAAAGACGAGGCGGCGGCGCAGAAGCAAGAAAUGAGGCAGCGCCCCGUGAGCUCCCCGAAAGACGGCGGCCAUGACCAUGACGACGCCGGUGGGGCAGGGGAGGUGACGGCCGCUUCCCCGCCGCGCCAAGGCUUCGGCUUCCUGUAUGACCAGAGGAGGAAGAUGGCGACCACCGUGCUCGGCGUGGUGCUCGUCCUGAUCAGCCUCGGCAUCUAUGUCAAGUACAGCCUUUGGCCGUGAUGAACGGGUCGAGAAAUUUGUUGCGUGCUUUAUUUAAAAAAUAGAAAUUUGCUGUGUGCAGUGCACGGUAUUUGCUCCUCCCCAGCGGCCUAGUAAUAUGAGUGUGAAGCCUGGUAUAUGAUUGCUGGGUAUGUGUCGAUGAAUCUGCCAGUCACAAGUGUGGCAGAUUGAUGUACUGAUGUGUGUGAAAUGCUGAGUG